UUUAGAGGUGUGCGGAUUUACGAAAAUCUUUCUUGUACUACUAAAAUGAUUGCUGAAACACUUCAAAAAGAUGAUGGAUUUCCGGUAAAAACGUCGGAUUUCCCAGAAAAUUUCAAUCCUAUCAGAGAGGAAUGGAUUGGCAGAAUUCUAAAGGAGAAAUCAGAAGAUGUGUUGAAAACGCGACAGAUUUACUAUUCUUUACUCAACAAUGGGAAAUUAGCUGCCAAACUGAGUAAACCAAAGUCACUGGACAGCGAUCAUUCAACAAAUUGGAAACCAGACUCAAUUAAAUUGCCUCUGAAUUUUGAGCUAAUACCUGAUCGAAUACUUCACAUAAAUAAACCACCGCCAGAGAGAGAAAGAUUAUACAAGCCAACGGGCAAAGAAAUUCAGCCAACUAUAUCAGGAGAACAUAAUGAGAGUAAUAACACGGUUGUUUUUCAAUACGAACCAAUGAUUGGAAAGUUUUUUACCGCUUCUAAAUCUCAUGAAAGUGUUGGACAAUCAAUCAAUUUAUUAAAUGAUUCUAAAUUUUUAAAAUUUGAAUCACGUUUCGAAAGUGGUAACUUAUCCAAAGCAAUAUGCACUGGUCCUUAUGAAUAUGAACUUUAUCUACGACCAGAUUUAUAUACAAAAAAAUAUACACAAUGGUUUUAUUUUCGUGUGCAAAAUACAGAGAAUAAUAAUUAUUAUAGAUUUACAAUUGUAAAUUUUUAUAAGUCCACUAGUUUAUUUGCACAAGGUAUGAGACCAUUAAUGUACAGUGAGAAAAUGGCUAAAUUAACCGGUAUUGGAUGGCGACGUGUUGGUAGUGAUAUAACCUACUAUCAAACAAAAUAUAUGGAAUCUACAGACAAUAAACUACAGUUCAAAAACAAACCACAAAAGGAUGAUACUUCUAAAUUACAUCAAACAUAUUCAUUAACUUGGAAAUUCGAAUUUCCUUAUCCAAAUGAUAUUGUAUACUUCGCUGCAUGUUAUCCAUACACAUAUACCCAACUUCAAGAAUAUUUAAAUAAAUUAACAUUAAAUUCGUCAAUUAAGAGAAUAUGUCAACAGACAACCCUUUGUUAUACAUUAGCUAGUAAUCCAGUACCAUUAUUAACCAUUACAGAGCCAGAUGAUUAUGAUGAACGUAAUAGUAGUGAUAAUAACAAUGUCGAUCAACUUCCGAAUAAGUCGCGUUCAGAUUUUCAAGCACAACCUACCGAUACUAAUAAUAAUAAUAAGCCACUGGAGAAGAAACGUUGCGUCGUAAUUACAGCACGUGUACAUCCUGGUGAAACACAAGGUAGCUGGAUGAUGAAAGGUUUAUUGGAUUUUCUUAUAAGUACAGAUCCAGAUGCUAAGGUAUUAAGAUCUAAUUUUGUGUUCAAAUUAAUUCCAAUGUUAAAUCCUGAUGGAGUAAUUGUAGGAAAUUAUCGUUGUUCAUUAUCAGGUUGUGAUUUGAAUCGUAAAUAUACAUCUAGUUUAAAACGUUUCUUUCCUACAAUUUGGCAUACUAAACAAAUGAUUAUAAAUGUCAUGAAACAGUAUGAAGUUGUUGUUUAUUGUGACCUACAUGGACAUAGUCGAAAGCAACAAAUGUUUAUAUAUGGAUGUAAAAGUCAAACCCCUGAAAAGCAGUAUUAUUCACGUAUAUUUCCUGCUAUGUUAAGUAAAAAUAUACCAGAAUUGUUUAAUUUUGACAAAUGUAAAUUUGCUGUACAGAAGGAAAAAGAAGGAACUGGACGUAUUGUAAUGUGGAGAGAAGGAAUUAUAAAUAGUUAUACACUAGAAGCAACAUUUUGUGGUACAGCUGGUAAUGAUUUAGAAGAAGGUUAUCAUUUUAAUUCUUUGGAUUUUGAGAAAAUGGGUUCACAUUUUUGUGAUACAUUGCUAGAUUAUAUUGAUCCAGAUCAUAAAAAGAUGGAGCAUAUUAUGGAAUAUUUGAAAAAUCGUCUUCUUUCUAUGAAAGUAUCUAAAUCAAAUGAAUUUGAAGAUGAUAAACUUUCAUCAGAUGAUUCAAUGAGUGACAGUAGUGAUGUUGGAUCAGAUAGUUCGAAUUGUGAUGAGUUACCUGCAUAUUAUGCAUAUGUUUUACAAAAGUCAAAGAAAAAAGGUAAACGUAAACGAAGGAUGACACAGAAACGUGAUAUAAAAUCGGUCAAUAAAAAAGAAACACAACCUAAGAAGGACGUAGCAACUAAUCACUGUAUUCCUUUUAUUCAUCGUUAUACCACUCUACUUCGUGAGAAAGUUUGUCCUGUAUGUGGUACUUAUGCAUGUUGUAGAGAUUUGAAUCUAACUGAAGAGUCAUCUAAAUCAGGAAAACAAAUACAGAACAAUUUAGAAUCUAAAAAAUCAUUUCAAAAAGAACAUAAUUAUUAUCGAAUAUUUUCAAGAAAUCAACAAAAUGGUUACGUCUCUGAUGGAAUUAUUUCUUUCAAAAGAAAUUACAAAAAUUCUAAUUCAGCCUUCGAUAAUCAUAGAGAACCAGAUAUGGUUUGUCUAAAACCAUUCAAUAAACAGAGUUCUAAUCAAAAUUCAACACUAUCUCAGGGAACAUUACAAGAAGAUCAUGUUGGCAGUCAGAAUAAAAAUUAUACAAGAAAAGAAAACGUUAAACCAAUACAUCAUGGUAUAAUAAAUCAAGAUUUAGAUUUACCAAAAAUCGAUAUUGGAUCUAAUUGUCUUAUUCAUCAAUUGAUUCAUAUAAGAAGAACACAUUCAGCACCAAUUGAACAUACCUUCAUGAAUAAUAAUAAUAAAAAGUUCAAUUCAUUUGGAUUCAAUUAUCAUCAUAGAAAACUUCAUUAUGAUUCUGUUUAUAACUAUUCAAAUAUAGAUCAAGAUUAUCCAACUAAUCAUCAUUCAAAUAAUACUGUUAUUAAAGAUAAAGAUCAAAAAUGGAUGUUAUUGAAUGAUUAUAUUAAUUCUAAUCAAAAUGAAGAACUAACAAAGAUUCCUUCCAUCAAACAAUCCAAUAAUCAAAUGUUAUUAAAGAAUGGACAAUUUCGAAGAGUUUCAAAAUCUCCUUCAUUAUAUAGUUCUUCUAAUUCUAACAAUAAUAACAACACCUUUCUCAAUGUAACUAGACAUUAUUCACCUAAACAAUCAAUCAUAAUGAAUACAAUUAAUAAAACAACCUUAUCUCAUCAUUUACAUAGACAUUUUAAUGAAUUGAAUACCAUUAAUAAACGUGAUAAUCCAUUGGAUCAUUCAAUUAGUUUAAAAUCAAAUGAUGUUUCACCACAUCAUUUCAUCAAUAAUAAGCUAAAAGUGCAUAAUAUAAGAAAAUUGAAUUAUGAACCGAAAAUGCACGAUGAAAACUUAUUGAAUACAAUUAUGUUAGACGGGAAACCAAUUCAUAUAUUCAAUAAGAAAUCAACAAUUUCUACAUAA